UUCCUUUUUUGCAAUAAUAUUUUAUCCAAUUCCUAAAACACACUAAUUUUCUGAGGGAGAAAAAGAAAAAGAAAAGAAGAAAGUCGUCUUAAACUCUCUGCACGUUUAGAAAAAUUCCCGCUGCGUACGAUUGCUUUGAUGAUUGAAAUGCCCAAAUCGUAUGUAGUCGAGAUUGAUUGACUUCCAAACACUGAUUUGAAGUCAGGACACACUAUUUCAAUUUCCAACAGUGCAUUAAGAAGGAAGGAAGUAAAUGAAGAGAGAGAAAAACAAAGCACAGAGCGUAAUUUUGUUUUGAUUGAAAGCUUGACGACGAUCAACGACUGAAAUGAAAGCAAGAGGCAAAGCAAGUUGGAGCUUGAAGAUCAAGCUGAGUUUACCUACUUUCUUCCUUGCAUGUCUCUUCUUCUUCUUAGCUGGUGUUCUGUUUGGCUCCAAUAUCAUAUCUCAGGACAUUUCUGAUGUUUGGCCGGGAUCAAGAGUGCUGAAAUCGGUGGUGUCGGAAGAAUUUGAUUUAAUGCCACAUGGAGAGACGGGAGAUGAUUCUGUUACUACGAUUCCUUUUCAGGUUUUAAGCUGGAGACCACGUGCUUUGUAUUUUCCUAAUUUUGCAACGACAGAGCAAUGUCAAAGUAUAAUUAAUAUGGCAAAGAAGAAGCUUGCACCUUCCACCUUGGCUUUAAGGGAGGGAGAAACAGAAGAGAACACCAAAGGAAUUAGGACAAGUUCUGGCAUGUUUAUCAGUGCCUAUCAAGACAAAUCUGGCAUUUUAGAUAUCGUUGAAGAAAAAAUCGCAAGGGCCACAAUGAUUCCAAGAGUUCAUGGAGAAGCAUUCAAUGUCUUGCACUAUGAGCUUGGCCAGAAGUAUAACUCUCAUUAUGAUGCAUUUGAUCCUGCUGAGUAUGGCCCACAAAAGAGUCAGCGGCUUGCUUCUUUCUUGUUGUACUUAUCUGAUGUUGAAGAAGGUGGAGAAACUAUGUUUCCGUUUGAGCAGAGUAGCAUGAACCUGAAUGGAACCUAUGAUUACCGGGAGUGUAUGGGUUUGAAAGUCAAGCCACGUCAAGGUGACGGCCUUUUGUUCUACUCAUUAUUCCCAAAUGGCACGAUUGAUCCUACAUCGCUUCACGGAAGUUGUCCUGUGCUCAAAGGAGAUAAAUGGGUUGCUACAAAGUGGAUCAGAGAUCAAGAACAGGCGGAUGAUUAGUGUGAAUCCAGAUGCGUUUGCUUUUAAAUCUUAGCAUGAGGCUUUAUCUACCCCCACACCUCUUGUUUUUCGGUUGAAAUUAGCUAGUCUUUUAUUUAUCCUGUAAUAUUGGCUGAAAUAUAUUUGGAAAUAAUCAAGAACAUUAUCUAAUAAUUAAAACAAAAACAAAGAUAAUAAAAUACACAAGACGCUUGAAUUUCGAUUCUAGGA